AUGGAUAAUUUCAAUAAUACUAGUUUAACCAUCAGUCGCUCGACGACCAUACUUCAUUCUCAAGAAACUCAGUUUGUGGAGAGCAUCACCAAUGUCGUCGAGUACAGUUCCAAUUUAGUAGCUUUUUUGCUGACAAUCAACAUCGCAAUGGAAAUUCUAACUAUCCUGGGAAACCUGACGGUCAUUGUGACGGUAGUUGCUUACAGACAGCUCUGGGUACCUACGAAUAUUCUCGUGGCAAGUUUGGCAGUUGCGGACUUCAUCAUCGGCCUCAUCUUACAGACAAGUAAUGCUUUGAAUCUUCUGAACGCUCUCUCACGAGGAAAAAGACAUUGUGGUCUGCAAUGUACAAACUUGGUAAAAAUCACGGGCGUCGUAAUCAUCACAGUUAGUUUCGCCCAUCUAUCGCUCAUAACCGUUGAUAGAUAUGCUUCCAUCAUYUAUCCGCUCCGAUAUGUAACCAUCGUAUCGAUGUCGCGCACCAAAAAGGCUGUGUUAUUUGCCUGGGCGAUAAGUUUCCUCUUUGGAUUGUUGACGUCGAUUCCUUCGUCGUUUGGAAAGGGAAUAAGUGCGCUGUGGCACCUUCUUGUUGCUUUAACCUGUGUAUUCAUGAUUACGCUUUAUGGAAGACUCUACCUCAUCUCAAGAAAACACGCCAAAAAAAUCCGAGACGAAAUCCAAUCUGUCACUCCUGGUGCUGAAACCAAGCAAGAAAGGCGAGGCCUGAAGAGUGUUGCUAUUGUAACCGUAGCCAUGGCCACCAGUUAUGUACCUAUCGUUGCUCUAGAAAUAGAUAAGAAGUUAGCAUCAGGAGAAAGAGGAGAAACUGCCAAGCUCGUCCAUGAUAUUGUGAGUGAAAAACUCAGGAAGUACAGCUGUAAACUAAUCAAAUCUUUUUCUAGAAGAAUACAGGAAUGGUUUAAUUAG